CAAUUAGGUUGUCGGUCGUCUCGACUUUCUACAGCUUCAACCGAAUCAAGUCAAACUAAUGGAGAGUAUGGCUGAAAAGGCCUAUGGUUUUGAUCGGUAUUACAAUGACAAUCCGCCUACAUUAGUUCCGUCUACUUGGAGUAAAAACUAUGGUAUCGGUCUCUAUGGUAGGAUUGGACUCAUAUGCCACAAUCUUCAGAAGGGAACAAACUUAAAGUUUAAACGCUUGGAGAAACAUACAACCGAGCUGACUGGGUACCUCAGCUACUACAUAACUUUGGAGGCAACGGAUCCGGCCACUGGCUCUGUCUGCUCUUUUCAGACUCAGUUUAGCGAUGCAGGAAGCCGCAUUUCGUUGGGGGCUAGGAUUACCUGGUUUACCAUAGCCUCCAGAAUCAAACAAAUACGUAACGAGCCUGUAGAUGAUGAAUGGGAGGAGGAGGACACACCUGGAAUACAUGAGUUCUACAAAGUUCCGAUGCCCAAAUGGUUUUCUGAUGAAGCCUUGGAACGUGACAGUAAAAAGUGCCAGAAUCAGAUCUGCAUGACAAUGACUGGCUUCAACUUCUCAUGGAAGUCGCCUUCUUCUCCAAAGCAGAUCGUUGUUUGGAUGCUUACCUACCCUUGGAGCUCAAGAACGUUGUUGUGGAAACUUUUGAAUAUUACACAACUGUCUCCGGCGUGGCUGUACAAGACGUUCUCUCACCACCGAUUACAACUCAAUCGGUUUACAUGAA